AUGGGGUGCAGGCUCCCCAAGCUGCGGAAGGCAGAGGAGAGGCGAAGCCCGGGGAAGAUCUACUCCACCCUCCGCCGGCCUCAGGUGGAGACCAAGGUGGGCGUGGCCUACACCUACCACUUCCUGGAUUUCCUGCUGGGAAAGGAAGAGGUACCAGUGUCAUCGGUGCUGUGUCUGUCAUCGGUCAGGGAGUUGCCGGUGCAGGUCAGGGAACUCUACAGCCAGGGCUUCGUCCUGGUGGCCGUCCAUCCCUUUGUCCAUCCAUGUGGCCCGCGCCAUGCCCGCAUCCAGCGUCAGCUCCACAGGGCUGUGCUGGUUAGAGAGACGCAGAGCUCAGAGAAGACUCAGCUGAAGUGGGCAGGGCAUCGUCUGGAGACAGACGUAUGCGUGGCAGGUCACCAGGAGCCCGACCCGGAAGUGAUCCAGAACUAUGUGAAGAGGAUCCAGGAUGUGGCAGAGCAGGGGGUGAUGUUCGUCGGCUUCCUCCAGCAGCCUGGCGGGGGGCCCUGCUUCACAGGGCAGUGGGACCCCGAGGAGCUGUCUUCUUUGCACUCCACACCUUCCCCCGUACACCGACACCCCUACAGCGCCAGCACCAGCCCGACAGAACCAAACUGCAACUUCUCUGACUCGGAUCGCAAACUCUUAGAGUCGAAAGACUUGGAUCCCAGCUGUGCAGACGACACUGCGGAGGCGAAGGAUUCAAAUUUCGCUCCUUUAACUCCUGCUCAGGAUCACGACUUUGGCGCGGAAAAAUUACCUGAACAAAAACUCGAGGAAUCAACAGAAGACACAGGCCGACAGUAUCAGAACCAGAACCAACCACCUCCCAGUCCAGAGACGACAAGUAUAGACAGACGGUCGGAUUCUAAUUCACCAAAAGCCACAAAAACUCACCCAGACUCCCUCGGCGAAUCAGAGGAGAGACUUUCUGACCCGCAUCUGAAUUUUCAAAACGGGAUGGACAGAGAACAGUGUUCAAGCCCUGAAAGCUGGGUCGCUUCUCCAGAACUACAUCAUCGACAGGAGUCCAACACCGGUCACCUGGAUGGGCAGAACAGAAUGACAACCCACAACAACAACCACAUCCGGGACAAGGGGUCAGAGAAGGAGAAGCCGUCUGCCAUUACGUCGCCGGUGCAAACCAGGGUGCAGCUCUUUGCCCUGUACAACCACACAGGGGAGAUGAACAGUUCUUUGAGGUUCUACUCGCUCAGGGUGCCACUUGGCGUGCAGCGGGAGGCGGGACUCAUUACGGAGGUCGAAGCCCAUUGGCUCGAUCACAUGACAGAGCACUUCACCAAGGGCGCGCACCUCAUUGAUGGCUUCUUUCACCUCGGAGAAGACAACGACAAUGGGGUUUCGUCAGUGGAUAGCGUGUUCAUCUUUCAGAGCUCUGCGGAGGAGAACAUAACCACUUCCUAUGACGCCAUCGUGGUCGAGCAGUGGACUAUUGUUGAUGGUGUGGUGGUGAGGACAGACUACAUCCCCCUGCUCCAGUCUCUGGCUCCAUACGGUUGGAGGCUGAUGUCUGUGUUGCCAACGCCCAUCGUUAAAACCAACAGGUACAGGACUAAAGCAGCCCUCACCACCAUCGGCACUCUGGCCUCAGAGUUUUCCUAAGCCACCCGACCCACUCUGCAGCGCAAGAGGAAAGACUUCAAGAUGCCUAACCUCAGGGGUCGCAACAAGGCAAAGAAAAACUCUACUGGAGACGUGUCGGAGAAGGAGAGAGGGAACACGUCCCCCGUGACGGACAGAGGGAUGGAUGGGCUGCAGAAGAACAUGAAAGGGGAGGAGGAGGAGGAGGAGGAGGAAGACGAGGGGAGAGAGGGGGCGAGGAUCAGGGAGAACGGAAAGAGUGAGGGAGCGUGCCCUCAGAGGUGCGGAGGGCAGAGAAGAGGAGAAGCAGAGCAUCAAACGGAUCCCUCACUUCAGAAAGUGGGCGGGGCUUUGGGUGAAAACCAGGAAGACGAGACAGAGAUUGACAGGAUCCCAUUGGCCAAGAUGGAGAAGAUGGUGAGAUGGACAGAUGUGUGUCAGAGAGAGGACGGCGGCGGGGUGAAGACAGAGGUGAAGACAGAAGAGCGGAUCAAACAGCAGCUGAGGGACAGAGCCCUCUUCUCCGGCGUCUGUUGA